AUUAAACAUGUUUUGAAUGUGCCCCCUCAGAUAUUUGUGCCCCCUACGACAUUUGGGGUGCAUGAUGCCGCUGAACCUUUGUAUUGUUAACACAAGCUCACCCAAGACACAGUGUAGACUACUUUUUGACAAGGGAAUUUUCACAGUGUAUGAUUAUGUAUUUGGCUCUGGUACGAGACUUUAUGUGACAGACAAUCACGUACGUAAACCCAAAGUGACCGUCUACCCAGCGUCCAACCCUGAGUCGAAUGGGAAGAUCACCCUGCUAUGUCUGGCUAGAGACAUGUUUCCAGACUUGGUCAAGAUCUCAUGGGAGAUGGAGGAUGAAUGCGGUCAAACAGUGGAGGUGUCCAAAGCAGAGACGGAACAGCUGGAGCAGAGGGAGGAAGGGCGGACGACCAGUAUGAUCAUCAUUGAUAAAGAGAAUGCGUACAGGAACAAAUACAUCUGUUCUGUGGAGCAUGAAUGGGGCGCUCAAGAUGUUGACAUGCUAAAAGAUCGCUUCUUCUUCAUGUGCAGUCUGAACCUGGCCUCUCUGGUUUAUACAGUGAUGAUAGUGAAGAGCAUGGUGUACUGCUGUGGGCUCUCUCUCCUGCUGCACAACAGGAACAUGGGGAAGUGGACACAACACCUGUAGAAAGGAUACCACCCAGUAUGGAUAAAGAUGUUGUAGGCUGGGAAUAACAUGGAUUUUACAUCCCAUUGAGGUCUAACAUUCAUUUGUAGGCCAAUUUUCUUAAAUUUCUUAACUUUAUAUUUAAGAUGCUCAAAUAUUUUGAGCCAUAGAUUUCAUGUCUUCCCAUAACUUCAACUGCCAAUUACGACAUUAAUUGCAGAACAUUUCAUGUAAAUUGUGUUUCCCUGCUGAAAAUGAAAAUGAAGCCUAAUAUUACACUUUUUAUGAUUGUGGGUGCUACCCACUGCAGACACUUGAAUAAAGGUUAAGUUAAGGUUGUGUGAAAAAUAAAAUCUUGAAGGUAGAUCCUUACGAUUUAAAUGUAGACUAUUUUAUGAAAGUUGCCCUUGAGUAUCUGUCAUAGCUUAAAUAACUUUUUACAAAAUCUGUAUUUGAUUUAUACCAAAAUAUUAACCUAAGUGUCAUAUUUACCGAUACAUUAUUAAAUAUGUAGGGCCAUGAUAUCUAAAAGUCCUAUGUAACAUUAUCCAAUAUAAUAUUUAAUAACUUGUCGUGUGUAAUGAAGUGUUUUUCGCCGCAAUACAUUUUUGUUUUCUAACAUAUUUCAUAUCAUAAUUCAAUUAUUUUAUUCAUGAACAUGAGUAAUAGAAAAUACAUAUUUUAUAUUUUCUUUGAAGAACAAAAAUAAGUGCUUAAUGAGCAGACAAAUUGGUCUAUGAGUGAAUUUUUAUUUUUAUUUUUUACAUUGAUGUUGUUUACAUUGAUAGGUUUGUAUGAAGAGUGACAUUUUCCUUGCGUAACACAUUAAUCAUGUCCUUUCAGAUGGGGAAGGGUUUAAUAAUAAUAAUCGCUGCAUGAAAGAAAUGUUACAACAAACAUGGCUCUGCAAAGUAUUCUACAUACUGUAUUGUACAGUAUUGGGCUGUUUUGUAUGAUGAAAUUGUCACCAUAACAGAAAAAAAUAAAGGUUACUUAAAUCCCCC